UUGACUGGAGAAUUAAGGCAUCAUCAUUUGACUUCUUAGUAAAUAACAAGCUGCAUUCUCCCCAAGUAAUUAUACCUUAAGAAAAAGUCAGUCAUUUUUUAUUAAUCUUAUACUAACUCACAAAUAAAUAUUUCUUGCAUACCAACAAGUAUCACAUCUGUUCUGUAUCCAAUGUCAAUAGCUUACAGAAAACAGAAGUUCUUGACUGUUUUCUUACUGAUCUUAUCAUUAUCUGCUUUCUCUGAACAACGAAACCAGUUUGUUUAUCAUGGUUUUACAGAAGCAGAUCUUCAUCUCGAUGGGCUUGCAGAUAUUCAUCCUAAUGGCUUACUGCAACUCACCAACACGACGAAGCUGAAAAAGGGUCAUGCUUUCUAUAAGUCCUUUCUACAGUUAGACACAAAUGUUUCAUUUUCAACUUCAUUUGUGUUUGCUAUAUACCGCGAAUUUGACAUACCACAUAGCGGACAUGGGAUCGCCUUUGUCAUCUCUUCAUCAAUGGAUUUCAGCCACGCUGUUCCAGCUGAAUACUUGGGGUUGUUCAAUGCUUCUUCAAAUGGUAAACCUUCAAACCAUGUUUUUGCAGUGGAAUUAGAUACAGUUCAGAAUGCAGGUUUUGCAGAUAUUGAUGCCAACCAUGUUGGAAUUGAUGUCAAUGGUCUGAAUUCAGUUAGUGCAGCUUCUGCAAUGUACUUUUCGGAAAAAGAAAGGAAGAAUAAGAGUCUGCAGCUUACGAGUGGAAAAGUAAUGCAGGUUUGGAUAGAUUAUGAUGCUGUGAAGAUGCUGGUGAAUGUGAAGUUGGCACCUAUUCAUGAACCAAAACCAAAGCAUACUCUCGUGUCAGCUCGGGUUGAUUUCUCGAAGAUCAUAAUGAAUCCUGUUUAUUAUGUCGGAUUUUCUUCGUCUACUGGUCUAUCAACAAAUACACACUUCAUAUUGGGAUGGAGUUGGAAUCAAAGUGGCGAAGCUCAAAGCUUAGACCCUUCUAAGCUUCCUAAACUUCCCCGACUAAUUUAUCCAAAAAAGAAAUUAAAUCUCGCUGUUAUAGUUCCUUUAGUUGUACUAGUGGCUUUCUUUAUCAGUAUUUUCCUAGGUGCUUAUGUGAUAGUAAGGAGAAAAAAGUAUGAAGAAUUGCACGAAGUCUGGGAAUCAGAGUAUGCUAUUAAUAGAUUCUUAUACAAGGAUCUAUAUAAAGCAACAAAAGGGUUUAAAGAGAGCGAGCUUCUUGGUUGGGGAGGUUUCGGAAAGGUUUACAAAGGUACACUGCUUCAUUCGAAUAGCCAAGUUGCAGUGAAAAGAAUCUCACAUGAUUCCAAACAAGGGUUGAGAGAAUUUGUGGCUGAAAUUGCAAGUAUGAGUAGGCUAAGGCAUAGAAACUUAGUACAGCUCCUAGGUUAUUGUCGGCGAAAGGGAGAACUUAUUUUGGUGUAUGAUUACAUGCCUAAUGGAAGCCUCGACAAAUUCCUUUUCAAUGAUGAGUCACCAAACCUUUUGUGGCAUCAAAGAGUCGGAGUCAUCAAAGGCGUGGCGUCUGCCUUGCUAUACUUGCAUGAAGAGUGGGAACAAGUUGUUCUUCAUCGAGAUGUGAAGGCAAGUAAUGUUCUUUUGGAUGCUAACAUGAAUGCUCGUCUAGGUGACUUCGGGCUUUCAAGAUUGUAUGACCAUGACACAGGUCCACAUACCACUCGUGUGGUUGGAACAAUUGGGUAUAUAGCACCAGAGCUAACUAUCACAGGAAGACCAACUACUAGUACAGAUGUUUUUGCUUUCGGAAUGUUUAUGCUUGAAGUGGUUUGCGGAAGGCGGCCAAUAUCUCCAAUAUCCCUUGAAGAAGAGAAUUUGGUGGAUUGGGUGUUCCAAUGCUGGGAAAACAGAGAAAUCCUUAAGACAAGUGAUCCUAGGUUGGAGGGUAACUACAUUGCUGAAGAAAUGGAGCUAAUUUUGAGGCUAGGAUUGACGUGUUGCCAUACUAAUCCUAAUGAAAGGCCUAGCAUGAGGCAAAUAAUGCAAGUUUUGGAUGAUAGAAACAAAAGUUAUGAAGAACUCUCAAUGCCAUCUCCAUUGACACCUGACUUUGCAUCUAUAGGUUCUGUUUCUAGUACGGAUUCAAUCCUCAUGCAUGGUCGUUGAAUUAUACGAUGCUCGUUAGCUUCGUUUGUUACAAUGUCAUUAGAAAUACUUGUAAACAACAUGUUGAUGUUAAUAUAAUGUACAUGCUAGUGCAUCUCUAGUUUUAGUCUUGAA